AUGCUUUCACUAUCAAUUUUUGGAGUGCCAAUAUUAUUUACCUUCGAAGGUUUAUUUCAUGGAUUUUCAUUAGGUGAGCCUUUAAUAACAAUCAUUUUAUGUAUUGCUCUUAUAAUUCUAAUCACUAUUCUAUGUUCAACAAACAAUAUUAAAAAACUUCUUAUGUUUGUUAGCAUUAAUACAGGUCUAAUUAUCUUAUAUAAUUUUCUCGAAAAUGGUCGUCAAGCAUUUCAUCGAUUAAUAGAGAAAUAUCCUCAUGGUGAAGAACCAGAUUCAUCUCAAUUCUUAUCUUAUUACAUACCUAUUAAACAUGAACAAUGUUGUGGUAUUGAUAAUAAUCAGAAUUUAUCAGUCGAAGAAUCCACUUAUUUUCGUGUAAAUUUUUAUGACAAUUGUAUAAUGAUUUUUCCACCUUCAUCAGAUUCUGAACAUCCAUAUCGUGGUCAACCAUGUAUGAAUUAUGUGCAUGCCUGGCGUCGCCAAAUUAUAACAUUUAUUCUUUUGGUAAUGGCUGAUGUAUUACCUAUUUCUUUGAGUGUUUUACUUUCAUUAUCAGUUUUUGCUGCACCAGGAUUAUAUAUUAUCGAAGGAUUUUUACAUGGAUUUACAUUAGGUGGAGCAUUAACAGCAAUUAUUCUAUGUUCUGUACAGAUAAACCUUAUUAUUAUUUUAUGCGUAACAAGAAAUAUUAAAAUACUUACAGUGUUUCUUAUUGUUGUUACCGUGAUUGUCAUUUCGUUCACAUUGGGUUUAUUUUGGAUUUAUCUUCUUUUACGUCCACGUAAACAAAAUCGAAUGAUUCAACCAUUGACAGGUAUAUUAAAUAAUCAAAGAAGAAUUUAUCCAUCAAGUACAUCACUUAAUUAUCCAUCAAAUACAUUGAUAAUACCUUCAACACAUCAAAAUAUUUUAUCUGAUGAAAAUAAAAUAAAUAAUAAUUAA